AUGGGUGUGGGCGACUAUAUUCACUCCAAGGAAGCUGGGCAGCCUCGUGCACCCGCCGACUUACCUCCGUCCCAACGCCAGCUUCGGGCCGAGCAGGCGAAAGUUGAGGUGCCCAGCAAGUACUUCAAUGAACCGAAUAUGAAUGGCCGAACCGUGCCGCGAGUUUUCCAGGCUUCUCCAGUGCCCUCGGAUCGAUCUCGCGCUCUCCCUGAAAAUAUACUGCCUCCCUCAAACGGAGGGCCGCGGGACGUUUUUGACACCGAUGUCGAGGCAAUGGAUGAUUCAACUGUUGCCGGAACCAGUGCGUUUGGCUUUGACGAUGGUCAAUCCCAAGCACCAUCAACGAUCAAUGCUGCGGACGAAAACACCUCACCUCGGCCAUCCUACCUGCCGCGGCCUACACGCCGUUCCUAUCGGUCAUCCUUCUACGGGGGCCUAGGAGACAAAGCCAUGAAAAAAGCAGGAUUCGACACCUCUGAUGAUGGCGAGGAUACCGCUAGUCAGUUGACUUCAUCUCUCGGAGGAGAUGAUGAGAUGACCGAGGAGCCUCAACAAGUAUCCGAGCCACCAGCGCCCGAAGAACCGACAGUUUCAAAGGAGCGCAGGGAAUCAAGCAGCUGGCACCUGCCGCAUAAGCACCGCGCAGUAGAAGAGCCACUGAGCAAACGUCUGGAGAAUUUCUGGUCGGCGAGCAAAAGGGCAUCACGAUCAAUUGAUCAUGCUCAAGCCGACCCUCGUUCAUCUGCCCCUAUCGAUAUUGUCUCCGAUGCUCACCCCCGCAAACUGGGCCAUAUGCUUCCUCCUCCGGGGGCCAGGAAGAUUACUCUUCCACACAGCACAUCAGGAACCCCAAGGACACGUUUCAGCCCUCCAAAGCCUUCUCUCCUUGACCAGCUUGAGAUAUCCCCCACCCGACAUGGCUCCGAGCCACCGCCCCAAGCUGGACGAAUGCUCAGCAUGGCAGAUUUACGACCAGCAGAACAGAGCGACGAAGAGAGUGAACACGAGCAUGGAAUUGAUGAAACGAUCCGUGUUAGCAGCAGGCGGCACAGCGGACACUCCGCUCAUGCUUUUGACAUCACCAACAUGUCCGAUUUGGACCGUGAUGAUGACGAAUUGAUGCAAGACCCAUUUCUCAGCCAACCAGCCUCAGCUAGACGUGGCCGCCGAAACACUGUCAUCAAUACAAAGAAACGGCAAUUGGAGGCAGACUACCCGCCACAGCUUCUGUAUCAGAAAUCCUUCACUGACCUGCAGGCUGAACCUUUUGACAAAGCUCCUACACCUACACCAUCACCGCCAGUAAAGUCACCUUCACUUCUACCCAACCCACCUCUUCGAUCGAACUCCCAGUCACCCAAUGACACGGUGUCUCAGCUAUUGAAACUUGCAGACGAAGAUCGUGCGAUCUACCUGUCGCGCAUGUCAGUUGAUGACUGGGAAGACUGCGGAGACCAGUUGAUCGACCGCUUCAGCCACCUUCUGACUGAGAUGAAAAAGCUUCGUCGCGCCCGUCGCCGCACAGCUGCUGUCUUCGAAGCUGAAGUCAAACGUCGCCACGAAGUUGUUGAGGCACAGAACUCUGAGUUGUCGACCAAGCUGAACGAGAUGAGAACUGGUGGCGCCGAGGUCUUACGGGGUCGAAACGCGUGA